ACCCUGACCUGGAAAAACCGGACAGAGGAGGCUCUGGAGAUGUUGCUCUCGGGGGGGCCUCCAACAGCUCAAGGCCAUCCCUUGGCUGAUUAUCAUUACGCAGGCUCAGAUAGAUGGACAGCUGAGGAGAAGGAGGCCUUCCAAAAGGCUUUCCACACCUACGGCAAGGAUUUCCAUCUCAUCCAGAAGCAGAUCCCAAGUAAGACCGUGGCACAGUGUGUGGAGUAUUACUACUGCUGGAAAAAAGAGCAGAAACUUGCCAGCAGCACUCUUGCUCAGACUGCAGGCAAACGGAAGAGGAGGAAAAGCCCUCCCAGGAAGGAGACUGGGGAGACCGGGAAGAGAAGCCGGAGUUUGAAACCAUCAAGGAGAGGAACAAGCACAGGAGAAGACAUCGCCCACGCAAGGAUGCACAGCCUCUCCCCAAGAAGAAAAGGCAAAAUUAGCCCUGCAUUUGCCCCAGGCUAGCAGGAGUUAGGCGUCAAGAGGACUAGAUAGAAAUAAGAUUGUUUAUCAAGUUUUUAGGAUUGUUUAUUCUUCUAUUAAUUUACAUGAUAGGAAUCUCUCUCUUUAUUAGCUAAGAUAUAUAAGUAUUAUUCAAGAUGUAUUAGUAGUGUUAGAUUUAGCAAUAAAUGUAAGAGGUUUGGUGUUUCUAUGCUUCAA